AUGAAGAUCUCAACUUAUGAAGACAAGGGCGUUGCUUGCGCUCAAUAUUUCCUCUUAUUCUUCAACUUGAUGUUGUGGGUUGUUGGCGGUAUUAUGUUUGGUCUUGGUAUCUACUUCCAUGUCCACCAUGAUGUCUACUCCACCUUGACAUCAGAAACUUACUUCAUCGGUGCUAACCUCCUUAUAGCUGGUGGCGUACUCUUGAUUGUGGGUGGCUUUUUUGGUUGCUGUAGCACCUUAUGGGAUAACCAAUUGGCUCUCAUAGGCUUCAUCUUCUACUUGGUCAUUUGUCUAAGCUUAGAAAUUGCUACAGCUGUUUUUGGUUAUCAAGGCACACCAAGCUUGCAAGCUAUUGCAUUAAAGCACAUGACACAAGAUGUUGAUACUAAAUACCACACCAUGAAGAAUGUUCGAGAUGCAAUGGAUCGCCUUCAAUCUACGCGCCAUUGUUGUGGUUAUAAUGGCUACCAAAAUUGGGCUGCUUCAACAUGGGCUAAGAAUGGAACUGCUGACGGCAAACUAAAGGGUCCAUAUCCAGUGCCUGCAUCAUGUUGUAAUACAACCAUGGUCAAGUCGAAUUCACCUGCUGCAUGUACCAAACUCUACGAUUAUGGCAAAAAUACUCAAUACAUUUAUACACAAGGUUGCUUUCCUAGAUACAAAGACGAUAUUGUGAUGUUCAUGUAUUCAAUAGGCGCUUUUGGUAUCGGUGUGUCGUUAUUUCAGAUUCUAGGUAUUAUAUUAGCAUUUGUUCUGUUUUUCAGCUUAAGUAGCACUCAGGGCUAUAAAUACAUCUAA